GUGCCACAGGUCAGACUUCUGGACGCCUUCGCCACUGGUGCUCCUUGCCGCUCCACCAGCACCACGCACGCCCACGCACACCUCUGCCGCCGCCCGCCUGUGCUGCUGCACGCCACUCGACACUCGCGCCGCCUCUGCCAUGGCACCGGCAGCCGCGGCGAGCGGCAGCGGCAGCUCGCGCGCGCGCUCCGACGGCUCCUCGGGCUCCUCGAGCUCCAGCGCCAGCGCGCCGCCGCCCUCGUGGCUGCCGACGCCCGCGCUCGACCAUGCCCUCUCCGGCAUCACCGCCGGCGCCAUCGCCACCGUGUGCAUGCAGCCGCUCGACCUCAUCAAGACGCAGUUCCAGGUGCGCACCGCGCGUGCGCCCCGCAGCGGCACGGCGGCGCCACCCGCCUGGCAGCGCUGGACGGGCGUGGGCGUCGGGCGCGACAUGCUGGCCGCCUGGCGCGCCAUCGUGCGUGCCGACGGCUGGCCGGGCCUGUACCGCGGCCUCGGCGCCAACGUCGUCGGCAACUCGGCCAGCUGGGGCCUCUACUUUCUCUGGUACACGAUGCUCAAGGAGUACAUGGCACACGCCGCCGACGGCGCAGACGCAAAGGUGCUCACGCCCGGCCAGCACCUGCUCGCGGCGAGCGAGAGCGGCGCCGCCACGGCGCUCCUGACGAAUCCAAUCUGGGUCGUCAAGACUCGCAUGUUCACCACGUCGCGCAGCGCCGCCAGUGCCUCGAGUGCCACUGCCGCGCCUGUUGCGACAGCCAGCGGCAGUAGCAGCGCACCGCGAGCACCCGUGGCGUACCGCGGCCUCGCGCACGGCCUGCGCGACAUUUGGCGCCACGAGGGCGUGCGCGGCCUGUACAAGGGCGCCGGCCUGGCACUCGUGGGCGUCAGCAACGGCGCCAUCCAGUUCGUCGCGUACGAGGAGCUGAAGAAGUGGCGCAGCGCCGUGGCGCGCCGCAGAGGCGCGACGGGCGCAGAGGGCGAGCUGGUCAAGCUGAGCAACGCAGAGUACAUCGUCCUCUCUGGCGUGGCCAAGCUCUUCGCCAUCGGCCUCACAUAUCCAUAUCAAGUCGUCCGCUCGCGCAUCCAGAACCACGCCACCGCACACAUAUACCCCGACAUUCCCACGUGCAUCCGGCGCACGUAUGCGCAGGAAGGCCUGCGCGCCUUUUACAAGGGCCUGGGCCCCAAUGCCGUGCGCAUCGUGCCCGGCACGUGCGUCACGUUUGUCGUGUACGAGAACAUGAGCUGGGCGCUGCGCGGUGCCGCGGAACGCCGGAGCAGCGCGGCGCCGCCGAUAGACGUCGCCAUUCAGCAAUAGAAGGCUACUGCACACGCCCCCAUGCGGACGAAGGACAAGGAUGGCGGGACAGCGAGAUGUGCGAUUACGAAACCAGCG